AUGACUGAUAUGGAUCAAGAAAAGAUAAAUUUGAAUCAGAAGCGGAUUUGUAAAAGGAUUCGUUACUUGAAAAGUAAGGUAACAUAAUAUUUUGGUUGUAAAACUCUUGGCUGUUAGAAUAUUAUACAAGAAUUUUGUAACUAUGUUCUUUACAACACAAAGUUAUGUAUGAUUUUGUUUUACAAGCUAAUAUUUUAUGGUUUUCAACGUUUUUUUAUAUUUUUGGUGAAUAAUAGAAUGUUUUCAGAUCGCAUUUUAGAAGUUCUGGAGCACCCGGACGACACGGUUGUCUUUAAUAAUCCACAGUUUUGCGAUUUUAAUGUGCUAUGCGGCUCAGAAACCUUCUAUGUAAGUUGCUUUUUUUGGUUUUUGUUGUUUUAGGUAUCAUUUUGGAGCCGAAGGGUUUCUCGCAUCAAUUGAGUUGUAAUUCUAGUCUAUUUAUGGUUUAUUUUAGCGACAUUUUAAGUAUAUAUGACACGUGCAUUAGUUUUGUGAUUGGCUAGUCAGUCAAAAACAGCGAAUUCUUGUCUGAAAGCGCGCAGAGAAAAAAAGACGUUGUUCUCUUCGCGGUGAGAGAGCAUGGUCUCUUCUAUUUUUUCAGACAAGAAAUUCGGAAUUCUUGUCUAAAUGCCUUUUAGACAAGAAUUUGCUGUUUUUGACUGACUAGGCAAUCACAAGACUAACGCACGUGUCAUAUAUUAUUAUGUGUGUUUAGAUAUGAACAUGUAAAAUAUUCGAUAAAUUGUCUAAACUUAACCUUGAUAACAUUUGUUUCUUAACAUUUAAUGUUUGAGGUAUCAAAGUGUUUUUUGGCCCAAAAGUCUUUAGUAUUUGCAUCUAUGUUCACAUCCGGAAUGAAGGAAGUUCAGAAAGGAGAGCUUAUAAUUGUAGACGAUGUUGAGGCAGUAAAAGCCAUGUUGUUGUUUAUACAUCAGAACACAGAAGUGGACAAUGUAGAUCUGGCUAUGAAAGUAAUCCGGCUCGCUCACCUAUAUGAAAUCAAGCUUCUUAUGGUAAUUUUUUGAUGCGUUAAGUAGCUUUAGUAGUUUUAUCUCUCUUUUCUGUGUUGUUAUGGCUUCUUUCUACGAUUAUUAUAAAUAUUAUUCAAAAGUAAUGUAGAUUACUGGUUUUUCUCUUUGAACUGCUUGUUUUAGAUUCACUGCGAGCUUUUAUUGUUGGAGAACAUUGAUGAAGAUCGCGCUGAAGAAUGUCUACUGUUGGCGAGAAAACUGAAAAUUGACUGUUUGGUCCAGCAAUAUCAAAAGCGGAGACACCAAAAUUGUCAAGGAAAUAACAGAAGAUGA